AUGGCCACCGGCGACAAACCCCCGUCCCUCGACGCAGACGUUGACAUGGGCGACCUAGCUUCCCUCGACGCCUCGGCCGCCACAUCCGCCGCUGCGGCCGGCGCGCCUUCCACCCGCUUCCGUCCCAGGGCCAAGGGCAAACCCAGGCCGAAGCCCGAACCCCCCAAACCCGUACCGGUGGCCGUGCCCAAGCUGGAGCCGGAGCCGGUGCCGGUGCGGGAGCCCGAUGUCAACCCCGCGGUGCCGCAGGAGGACGCGAUGGAGGUGGACAGGGCGGUGGAGGUGGACGGGACGGGUGACGCUCCUGGACUUGGAGAGGGGGCGGAUGAGGAGGACUUCGUGGUGCGCGAGAUUGAUGUGUACUUCAACCCCAAGCCUUUGGACGACGACGCCAAGCUGUACAUUGUGCAAUAUCCCCUGAGGCCAUGUUGGCGCCCGUAUGAGUUAAAUGAGAUAUGUGAAGAGGUUCGUGUGAAGCCAUUGAGUUCAGAAGUUGAAAUUGAUUUGAGUGUCAAUACACAGAGUGAAAAUUAUGACCAAGAGGCACCUUUGAGACUGACAAAACAGACACUAUCAUCAUCCAAGGCAGCUGAUGUUACUGAUUACGCAGUUGGUGUUCUUAAAGGCAACUUGGUUCAUUUGAAUCAUAUUGAUGCAGUGGUGCAAAUGCGACCAUCAAUGUCACAUGUUAUUUCUGGCCGGGCACAUACUAGCCAGGCUUCACAACCCCGGGAAAUGAAUGGUGGUGCUAGUGGAUCAAUGGAUUCAUCUCGUAAGGGAAAUGAGCGCCCCGAAGACUCCAAGGACCAAGCAGAAGAUUCUGAGCCAUGGAUUUCUCUUGCCUACCAACCAGCAGGGAGCAAUAUUGCAACUAAGUACCAUGAUAAGAUGAUAUCAAAUGAGGGUGCGCCUAUUGAUUUCACAAUGAGCACCUCUGAUUAUGUAACGUCCUUAUGUCCUGGAGCCUCUACUAACAGCAAGCAUAUCAACAAAUGCCAAGCAAUAAGGGAAAUGCUUUUGCUACCGCUGGAAGAAUGCCUGAAAAAAUGGUUUACUGAGGUUUCAGAAGUAAAUGAAUUUGAUGCUCUGAAGCACCUUGCUCCAACCUAUUCAGAGGAAGAAAUUUUGAAAGUGCUUCCAGAGUAUGCAUAUUUGGUGCGUGGUUUAUGGGUCUGCAAAAGUUCUUUGUUGUUUGAUGAUGAAUAUGCUUCCAAAAGAGAUAGAGUUCUCCUUGAAUUUACAAAAAGGGAUUCCAUCCCUUUAAAUAUUAUAGACGCAUGGAUCAGAGUGGACGACCUCAAGAGGAAGAGGAUACUGUCUCCAUUGUGUAGAAGACGUGGAAUUUUAAAGGACUAUAAAUUUAUAUCGGCAGAUUUGUCCUUUCUAAAACGCUAUCCUCAUGUAGUCAAUGAACAAGAGUGUGCUUGGUCUGCUCGUGAGAUGACUAUCCGUGAGUCCCAAAAAAUGUGCACUACUGUGGCAAGGAAGACCAAGAAUUCAGCCAGACCUAACCUUACUUCUAAAGGGCCUCAUCCAAACAUGAGCAAGGGCAGGGAUGGCCCUUCUCAAGGAAGUGAUGACCUUGUGCUGUCUGUUUUGGGUACUGUUUUCACUGCCAACAAAGUUCGCAGCAUGCAGGCAAUUAUUAGAGACUUGCGCCAGUUGGCUGCAAAAUAUGCUUCCAAUAGAAAGGAUGGAUCCAAACUGCAAGCUCUGUCCAAUGCUGCAAAAUCUUGUGCGUCGCUCCCUCCUGAUGAGCUCAACAAAUCGAUUUGUCAAGUUGCUGUUCCUGUUCAUAGUGUAUUUGUUGCAAAGCAUGAGGAGAGGGGUGCUUUACGAAACAUAUUCAUUUUGCUCUUCAAACACAAAGAACCCAAUGCAACAUUGACCAAGCAGGAAAUUCUUGCUGCUGCUGCGAAGCAUAUAAAAAGAGAGAUUACUGACAGAGAGUACCAUCAGGUUGUGACUGAGAUCUGCGUUUCUACUGAACGCUUGCAAUUGAAAAAUGGUGAUGAGCCCUGA